UUGAGCGUUGCUACAGUAAGUCAAAUGACAGCGCUGCAAAGUGACUGCGGAUACGGGCUGAAAUAUUUUUGUUUACCAUGCCAUAUAUGAAUGGGUAUGUCUUUAGGUAAAUGAUUAUGAAAUAUAUGAAAUGCCUAUUACAUUGUACUAGGCCUUCGAUUUUCGUAGACAUUGCCUGUGGUUGCACUUCAGGCUUCUUUUUCUAAGCUUUAUAUGGCCUCAGCUCAUGGCUUGGGGUUCUGGACCGACCGCUCGGCGGUGCACGAGGCUGCCUUUCGGGGCCACGUGCCGGAGCUGCAGCAACUGAUCCAGAGUGGGGCCUCUGUCAACAUGGUGGCGGUGGACUCCAUCACCCCGCUGCAUGAAGCCUGCAUACAAGGACACGCACAGUGUGUGAGGCUGCUGCUGGACGCGGGCGCACAGGUGGACGCGCGUAACAUCGACGGCAGCACCCCGCUAUGCGACGCCUGUGCUGCAGGGAGCCUGGAGUGCGUCAAACUGCUGCUGGAACACGGCGCCACCAUCAACCCCCAUCUCUUCACUUUCUCACCUCUGCACGAGGCUUGCAUGGGAGGUAACAUUGAUUGCAUACGGCUCAUGAUCGCCGGGGGGGCGCGGAUGGAGGCUCACGACUGCCAUUUCGGGACCCCUCUGCACGUAGCAUGUGCCAGGCAGCGGGUGGACUGUGCCAAGUUUCUGCUCAACGCGGGUGCUAAUGUGAAUGCUGCCAAGAUACACGAGACGGCCCUGCACCACGCAGCCAAAGUGAGGAAUGUGGACCUGAUCGAGCUGCUGGUGGAGUUUGGGGGGAACCUUUACGCCAGGGACAACCUGGACAGAAAGCCCAUCGACUACACCAGGCCCGGGUCCCCUGCUGCCCUCUGCCUGGAAUUCUAUGAAAGAACACCACUGAGCUUGCAGCAAUUGAGCAGAGUCGCCAUCAGGAUGAUGCUGGGUCCAAGGGCACUGGAAAUUGUAUCCCAACUCAACUUGCCCAAUCGGAUCAUUAACUACCUCUCAUAUCAAUGACUUGCUUUAGUUUGUAAAAAUGUUAUGUACACAUCCAGAUACGGUCAGUCCCUAGGCUGUUCAGAUGCCUGACUGGAUAGACGUCCUGGAUGUGAAACACAUCAGAACAGAGAUAUCCUCUAUGCUGCUGUUUAGAAACUGACAAUAUCAGACUUUAAUCUCUGAGGCUGGUGGAUUUAUGAAAACAGACUCGCAUAUUCUGAAUUUAGUCCUGCUAGAUUGGUAAAACUUAUUAAAUAAGACACUGGAUAAGAUUAAAUCUAAUUGCAUUAAAUGUUAUUGUAUUCCUCA